AUGAAACCUAAUAACAAUGACCCAGCGGUCCACAGACCUGGGCCAGCUAAACAGGACAAUAAAAAACAUAAAACUGGUCGACACAGAAGUAAAGGAGUUCUAGAAAUAUUGAAAAAAGGACGUUCUGCACAGAAUUUAGCCAAAUCCAAAGCUAAUCAUCAGUUGAGUCGUAUGGAACGUAGGCAUCAAGCUAAAAUUUUACGUAAAACAAAAACAGAAAAUGUUUUGAAUGAAAAACGUAGGUCUUUAAAUGUACCUCACUUAGUUGCCGUUAUACCUCUGAGCAAUAAUGUGUUUGUUAAUGAAAAACUGAUGGAGAUGAUCAAUGUAUUAAAAAACACGGAUGUAAAAUUAACAACAGCUGUUGCUUCUGAAGGAUACUCUCAUUUAUGGGUUGAACAAUUCAAACAAGCAUUYACUUUCAUAAGACCUGACUGUAGUAGUGUUCUUGGACUCUUAGAUACACUUAAAGUAGUUGACACAAUUUUGUUUAUGGUUUCGGCUGAAGGUGGUUUUGAUCAAGAUGUUGAUUUACUAAUGACUUGUAUAUUAGCACAAGGACUUCCUUCAACUGUUGUAGCUAUUACAGACCUUGAAAAAAUACCUCUCAAAAAACAAAAUGAAGCAAAACAGUGCAUUCAGAAAGAUAUAGAAAAUUGGCUACCUGAUGAAAAAGUCAGCAAAAUUGAUACAUCAACAGACAUUCUGAAUGUUCUUAGACGUAUAAGUUCACAAAAAAAAAGGUCUAUUACAUUCCGUGAUAGGCGUCCACAUUUAUUAGCUGAAGAAUUGGCUUUUAUCCCUAGCUCUGAUGGUAAUGUUGGUACUAUGAAAGUUAGUGGAUUUUUGAAAGGACAGACCCUUUCUGUUAAUUCUUUAGUACAUAUUCCAGGAUGGGGUGACUUUCAAAUGGAACAAAUAGAUUUAUCCUCUAAUGAUUUUAUYAAGAGUUUUUCUGGGAAAGAUGUGCAAACUACAGUCUUGGAAACUGCUAGUCCUGGAUUACAAGAAGAUUUGGUUUGUGAAAAUAUCCCUGAUCCAAUGGAUGCUGAACAAACUUGGCCUACUGAUGAAGAAAUAAAAGAAGCAACGACAAAAAAUAAACGCAUGAUUAAACGUGUACCUCAGGGUAUGUCUGUCUAUCAAUCAGCUUGGAUUCCUGAUGAAGAAUCUGAUCAUGAUGGGGAAAACUUAGAAUCUGAUGAAGAUUCUGAUGAUUUUUAUUCAAUUGAAGAUGAAACUUCUGAUAAUGAAACUAAGAGUAUGAUAGAUGACCAUAUGGAAACUAUGUCUAUGACUUCUGUUUCUGAAGCCCCAGUUGAAGCUGAUAAAUAUGAUUUGCAAUUUGAUAUAAAUGAAGAGGAAAAAAUACUAACUAAAAUUAAAGAAGCAAAAGCUGAUCAAAUGUUUCCUGAUGAAGUAGAUACACCUAAUGAUGUGCCUGCUAGAAUUCGUUUUCARAAGUAUAGAGGCUUACAAUCAUUCCGCACAUCGCCAUGGGAUGUUAAAGAAAAUUUACCAGCAGAAUAUGCUAGAAUAUUUCAGUUUGAAAAUUUUGAUAGAACAAGGAAAAGGAUUUUUAAAAAUUUGGAAAAUAUAACUGGUGCCAUGCCAGAUUGGUACAUUACAGUACAUGUGAAAAAUAUACCAUCUAAAAUGUUUCAUUCAAGAGAUGCCCGUAAUCCUAUUGUAUUAUUUGGUCUUAUGCCUCAUGAACAAAAAAUGUCUGUCCUAAAUGUUGUUUUAAAACGACMAUCUACUGUACAUUUUGACGAACCAAUUAAAUCUAAAUCAGAACUUAUAUUUCAAUGUGGUUUUCGUCGAUUCACUGCUGAACCUAUAUUUAGUCAACAUACCAAUGGGAAUAAAUUUAAAUAUGAACGAUUUUUUCACCAAGAUUCAGUAGUUGUUGCUACAAUGUUUGCACCUAUUGUCUAUCCACCUUCCUCAGUUAUAGCCAUGAAGUACUGCAAAGGUGGUUCAUUUCAAAUAAUUGGAAAUGGAAAUGUAUUAUCAGUUAAUCCAGAUCGUGUAAUUGUGAAAAGAACAGUUUUGAGUGGCCAUCCAUUUAAAGUACAUAAACAUUCAGCUGUUGUUAGGUUUAUGUUUUUCAAUCGAGAAGAUAUUGAUUGGUUUAAACCAGUUGAACUACGCACCAAGUAUGGAAGGAGAGGACAUAUUAAAGAACCUUUAGGUACUCACGGACACAUGAAAUGUGGAUUUGACGGUCAAGUAAAAUCUCAAGAUACUGUAUGUUUGAAUUUAUACAAACGCGUUUUUCCAAAAUGGACGUAUAAUCAAUUUUAUAAUGUAACAAAAUAAAAAUAUAUUAAGUUUGAUAUCCACAAAGUCA